AUGGAGCCCUCUCUCAGCGCAACGCUUCUCACCACAGCGCAGGUUCCUUGCAGUGAAGGGCCGCGAGCAGAGACGUGUCCACCGCUGUACGCGCACACGCAGAACCCGCCCCGCGCCGCAAAGCGCGCCGCGUACUGCGACUUUGUGUGCCGCGUCGACAUCCUCUGGACGAUUCUCUUCUUCGUCCUCCUCUUAAGUGUCGGCCUCUGCACUUCUGUCGUCACACAGACACUCCUAUCCACCGCGGUGUUCGAAUCAUGGCACAAGCUGCACGCCCUCCACGUGAACGUCACCAGCAAGCAGCUGAGCCAGCAGAUCAGUGCCGCGUACGGCCUUGCCGUCCACAUCCUACCGCUGCAAGUACGCUACCCAGUCCUGAUGCAGUCCGAGGACACACUUGCAACACUCUGCGCCCUCCUCACGGCGUACGACAAGUACACGUCCUUCGACACAUUAUCAGUCACCUCCCUCACACUCCAAGAGGCAAUCGCCUGCAUACAUGGGUUCACUGAUGACGAGUCGACGGACAGUCUCGCCGGGUACGUAUCCUACAACCACACCGUCAACGCCACCUACUACGUCGACAAGGACACCUACCACUUCCAGCGUCCGCUGCGCGCGGCGAUGGUGUGGCCAUUUGCUGCACGUAACGUGUCGAGCAUUAUAAACGAGAGCACGAGCAUCGCCCCCAUCUCCAGGGCCACCCACAACCCGAGCAUCGGCCGCCGCAACGCGUGGCGUGUGCAUCCCAUUCUGCCGCACCUCAUGGAGAUGGAAGUACCAAUCGGCAUCGAGUACAGAGACCCCCUAGCGCCGGAGAUCACCGACUAUGUGCACCUGUACAUCAACGCCUCGAGGCUUCUACGUGAGCCCGACGGGACGCAGCGCGCAGGUGCCCGCAUUGCGCUCCUCAUCAGCCAAAGCCUCGAUACCCCCGACCCCACCAUCAUGUCGAACAACUGGGGCCAACAGUCGAUCCUCAACUCCACCAUUUACACACCGUUGCUCAGCACCAAUGUCACCUACCUCAAGGUGAGCGAUGUCCGUGACCCACUCAUGCGCGCUGCACUCAAGUACGUCGACCUCACAGCGCUGCAGAACGGGGUCAGCAGUAGCACUGUUGAAUUCCAGCACGACGGCGCACCUGCCAUAGUUACCGCAUGGACCUGCACAACGUCUGGAGGCCUCUCUCUACCUCUCAUCUAUGCCAGCAUGCAAACGAGCAUCACUAUGCCGCUGACGCGCAUUCGCCACAUCAACAACGGAAUCGUAGCCUUCACAGUGCUCCUCCUCACUCUCUCUUUUUGGUAUCUUAUCCACCGCACCGUCUCGAAGCCCCUCAGCGGCGUGCAGGCGAGCCUGUUUGCCAGCGUCAAGCACGGCGGCCGUCAGCUCUACCACGCUGGAGGCAGCAAGUUGAUUCGCUUUGCGGAGUUUGAUGCGCUCAUCCAAGCACACAAUGAAACGAUGAAGCAGCUGCGCAAUGUCGACGCCUUCGUUCCGGAAAGCCUACGACAGCGCGUCACGGACAGCACGGCCAGCCGCAGGUAUGACAGCCCUGCGCAGCGCUCCUCGCGCCCCUUAACUAAUCGGAGGCGCCGCAAACUAAAAGCCACGAAGCUGUCUUUACACCUCUCGACCGUCGUCUAUGUUUCGACGACUCCUAUCGCAUCUCACACCACCGCCCAAAGCUCGCCCCAUUCACCAUCUUUCUCCGAAGAGCAGGAGCCUCUCCAGAUCCGUGGCCAGCGACUCAUCGCGGCGGCCGAGAAAACGGCACACGCAGCCAACACCGCCAACAGCGGCCCCUUCCCCACACCGGCCGCACUCACCGCAUUCCUCACCGCCGUGCAGGAGCUGUGCCGCACGCACCACGGCACGCUGCAUCGCGUCUGCCCCGACGCGUGCGUGCUGCACUUCCACAGCGCCGUGCGCGCACACCUGCCGCGUGGACAGGGAGCAGCGAGUCCGGUGGCUGCGCCCACCAUGAGGCACGGCGUCCCCGCCGCACAGCCGGCACCGCAGCCGCAGGCCCUCGCGCCGCCGGAGGAGACGUGGCGCCACGCCGCGCAGGACGCACGCCGCGCCGCUGCCUUCGCGCUGGACCUGGUGAGCUGGGUGGACGCACAGGGCGGCAGCGGCGCCAGUGCGCGGGGCGGUGGUGCGUCGCCCAUGCCGGACGUGCACGCGCUGCUGGACACGAGCCUGUUCACGUGCGGGCAGUACUGCCCCGCCGGCAGCGAGCAGACGCUGCAGGUGGCGCUUGGCCGCGACGUGCAGCGCGCGCUGGGCCGCGUGCCGCAGCGCAUCGGCGUGCGCGUGGCCGUGACGGAGGAGACGGCGACGCUGCUGCGCGCGGAGGUGCGCCGCAGGAGCCGCGGCUGCGGCACCGUGGACCACGGCGUGCGGCUGAUCCCCGUGGAUGUGCUGCGCACGGGCCGCGCGGGGCUGGACAGCGAGGUGGUGGUGCUGUACGAGGCGCUGCCCGGGCGCGUGGUGGGCGACGCGGCGUGGCAGCGGUACGCGCGCUGCUGCUGUGACGGCUUCGCGCACAUGCUGCGCGGCGACUACGCCGGCGCGCUGAACGCCUACCGCGGCGUCGCCGAGAUCGAGGACCUGGAGCCCGGGCUGCUGCCGCCGAGCAUGCGUCGCGAGGCGGCUGCCAGCGCCGCGACGGGCGGCGCCGUGUCGGAGCAGGUGGUGCGGCUGGUGCGCGAGUGCGAGCACCGCGUGCGGUGGCGCAUCACGGAGCCGCUGUGCAAGGCGCGCCUCUGUCCGCUCGGAAUCGACGCAGUGCUACGCGACACCAAGCCGCCGGGCAGCGAGACCGGCGCGCAGUGCCAGCGCGCACCUCUGCACGCUGAAGGGGACGCGGGCGUGCCUCAGAAGGUCCGCCCGAGGGAAGAGAAGUGCACCGGCCCCUCGCUGACAUCGCGGCAGCGGUUUCCUGAUGUGCGGGAGCGCUAUGUAUUAGCUAUGCCAGACGGCACCAGCACCUUCCGUUCUGUGGUGCCCUCGAUGCCUGCGUGGAUACGGGACCAGCAUGGGCUGCAAUGGCAUCUUGCGCGUCGCCGAGGCGACAUCAAGUCCACCCCAGUGUCUAUGUGGCAGAAACGAGUAUUGGCGCUGGGCUCUGCUGGAGCGCUAUGCUCCGUCAGCUACCUGAUGUAUCGUGAGGUUCAUCCUGUUGUAGCCAAAGCCAUUCGUGAUGCGCCACUGGGUCCCAUGUCGGACACACGGUGCAGUGUUGUGCCUGUGUGCGAAGCGACUCGGGGCUCGGUGGGGAUGCUGAAGAAGCUACUUUUCACGUACCAGGCACUGGGGCAUCCCAACAUCAUGCUGGGGAUCAUUUGUCGGGUGUCUAUGGAGGACUGGGUUGUGUCUUCAGUGUGCCCGCAACCAGUGGCGUUAUACGCGAUGUGCAUACAGGCUGCGGACGUCUUACAGCCUUGA